CAAGAUGCGAAGUGGCAAAACUAAACCACAACCACGAAACCCCCAAUUUAACUGAGUUUUGAAAAUUUGCCACUCGUCUCUUCUUCUUCUUCUGCUUCAAUGGCUUCCUCUUUCUCACUCCAUCAACAUAUCCAUUGUUUUUCUCCAACUCCUACUACUCUUGGUUUCACCAAAUGCCCUCUUCAUAUCUCCACUCUUCUUCCUACACCAUCUUCUCGCAACAAUUUCCUCGAAUUCGAUUCUCGUACAAGAACAGUGCCUUUUGCUGUUACAGAAUCAGAUUCCUCUAAAUCUCUCGAACCAGACCCUCAAAUUCUUCUGCAAGAAGUCGCCGACAGUUUUGUACUACCUACAGAUUAUUUUUCGCAGCUUCCUCGUGAUCUUCGCUUAGAUCUGAACGAUGCAGCAUUUGAUCUUUCAAAUGGGCCAAUUAAAGAUGAGAUGAAUACAGGAAAUGAAUCUUCACAGGGGUUUUCCAUUCGUCACAUGUGUGGUGAGGAGGUGGGAGAGACAUUGUUAAAUAUAAGCCGGGCAUGGGAACGGGCUGAUACAUCAACAUCCACAGCUUUAGUGAACAAGCUGCCUCUAUUGGUUGGCUCAUUGUCAGGCUAUCAAAAAUCAGCACUCGGAAGGCGCUUGUUAUCAGCUGGAAGAAGGUUCCAGUCCAUGGGACAAUAUGGAGAAGGUGAAGUACAGAAGAUUGCUAAAGUAAUGAUAAAGACUGGGAGGCUGUUGUCUGCAAGUUCAGUAUCUGGGAUUACUGGUGAAGAACCUAAGCCGCAAACCAGGACAUUUAAGUUUGGGGAGCUUCAGGUUGAAUUGACCCCAGGAAAAGCUUAUGUUGGAGCUGGCAUUGCAUUUAUCUUUGGUUUACUUUCUUGGAAAUUAAGUCAAGGCGUAGAGAGCAUACAAGAGAGCUCCUUACAGUAUGCAAAUGACAAUGCUUUGUUGCUUGCUAAGUCCCUGCGAGGAGUUCUGCUUGUAAUGUCCUAUUCAUCAACCAUUUUAUCUGCUUUUGCAACGGUGGGACUUAUCUUACUUGGGGGCCAACUUAAGUCGGAAGNCUUUUGA